AUGGCAACCUUUAACUCCAGCAAUACCUUGCCCCCCACAUUCUACCUCACAGGUAUCCCUGGAUAUGAGGAAUUUUACCACUGGAUUUCCAUCCCAUUCUGUCUCCUCUACCUUGUUGGAAUAAUGGGUAACUGCACCAUCCUGCAUAUCGUGCGGACAGACCCCAGGCUCCAUGAGCCCAUGUACUACUUCCUGGCCAUGCUUUCCCUCACUGACAUGGGCAUGUCCAUGCCCACAAUGAUAUCACUCUUCAGGGUGUUGUGGUCCAUUUCCAGGGAGAUCCAGUUCAAUAUCUGUGUGGUCCAAAUGUUUUUCAUUCACACUUUCUCCUUCACUGAAUCAUCCGUACUCUUGGCCAUGGCCCUUGACCGUUAUGUGGCCAUCUGCCACCCCCUGCGAUAUGUGACCAUUCUCACGCCAAGACUUAUCACUAAAGUAGGAAUUGCAGCUCUGCUUAGGAGUGCCUUUGCCAUUAUUCCACUUCUGGCCCGACUGCCCUUCUUUCCUUUCUGCCGCUCCCACAUCCUUUCUCAUUCCUAUUGUCUGCACCAAGACAUGAUCCGCCUUGCUUGUGCUGACACCAAGUUUAAUGUUAUAUAUGGGAUGGUUCUGAUCACUGUGCUGUGGGGCAUGGACUCUGUGGGUAUUUUUGUGUCUUAUGUGUUCAUCCUUCACUCAGUAUUAAGAAUUUCAUCCCGUGAAGGGAGGUUUAAGGCCCUCAACACAUGUGCAUCCCACAUCUGUGCUGUACUCAUUCUAUAUGUGCCUAUGAUUGGGCUAUCUAUCAUCCAUCGUUUUGCCAAACACUCCUCCCCCCUCAUCCACAUCUUCAUGGCUCACAUCUACUUAUUAGUUCCACCUGUGCUCAAUCCAAUAAUCUAUAGUGUGAAGACCAAGCAAAUCCGCCAAGGAAUUCACCACUUGCUUCUUCCUCCCAAAAUCAGAUCUACUGUGAUGUAG